AGUCUGCCUUUUUGCUUUUUCCUGCACUAGGGAGAUGAGCUCAAUGCGGCUACAACCGAAUGUCCGAUUUGCGUUGCGCCCGAGUCUCACUGGUGUAAAGGCGCUAGGAUUGUGAACACUAGCCAGCCCAUAAAGACGAAUCGCCGAGAGAGUUCGCACCUGGAAACCCAGACGAGAGCACGGAAGCUGGCAUCUGCAGUCUGCAGCCUGACAGCGGCCGUGGAGAUGAGAGGGGGGGAUGCCUGCCCCAGUUGCACUUGCUCUCCAGGGAUCUGGUUCCUCAGCUCCCUUUCUGCCUCUGUGAGAUGGUAUUUUGGCGGCGGGGGGAUUUCCUGGUAUCCAUGCUCGUGUUUCCAUGGGUUGGAUACGAUGUGUUAGACGCAGUCGCUGCAAGGACGGGGUAGAUGCUGAGAUAUUUCCCAUAUUAACUCCCAGAGCAACACACUGUGGAUAGACGGCGCUGCUCUGCGAGAUCUCUCAUACCGUGCCGAACUGGUUCCUUCCUUUGAAUUGCUGCCAAAAAAAAUCCAUCCGAAGGAAACGAGGAAAGCAAAUGCAUGUGUUUUUCUUAAGUCUUUCUAUAUGCGUAUACAUAUAUUAAGAGAGAGGGGCGCCAAUCGCCGUUGACAGACGUUAUCGGGACCCCUGAAGGAGAGAAAGGAGCGAGAGGAAUGCACUGAACUCGACUCAGUCCCUGGACUACAAGGCAGCAGCACCUCAGAGCGUCCAGCGAGAGCCCAUCUCGGGAGAGAGCGGGGUAGAGAGAGAACAAGCGAGCGAGCGGGUGGCUCCAAUGCCAGCCUUCUGAUCUCGCCCAGUCGCCACCAGUCCUGCUGCGUGUUUGUGUGCGUUUUUACCCUUCCAGGAUGGAUCCUGCCCUCCGGACUUACCGAUCUGGACUGUUCGUCUGGGUGUUUUGGUGUUCUCUAGGCCGGCUUGGGAUGCCGCUGCUGUUGCUACUGUGGGGCUGGUGCCCCUUCUCGGCUCCGGCGUUCAAGAAUACCGGCAUCAGGCUGGAAGCCGACUCCAAGCUGCCUAUCAUGGGACUGAUGCCCAUCAACAAGGCGCUGGCGGCGGAGAGUAUCUCGGAAGGCAUCUUACCUGCCGUUCAGCUCGCCACAGAGCACGUCCACAGCAAAUUCUUGCCAAACACCAGCAGACUGGUCUUGGAAUGGUACGACUCCGAGUGUGAUAAUGCUAAAGGACUCAAAGCCUUCUUUGAUGGCAUCAAAUAUGGACCUAAACACUUGAUGAUCUUUGGUGGGGUGUGUCCUUCUAUUACAUCCAUCAUUGCAGAAUCACUUAAAGAAUGGAAUCUGGUCCAGCUUUCGUUUGCUGCAACCACACCGGUCCUAGCCGAUAAGAAGAAGUACCCCUAUUUCUUCCGAACUGUUCCAUCUGAUAAUGCAGUCAACCCCGCAGUCGUCAAGUUCCUCAAGCGUUUUCAUUGGCGUCGAGUAGGGACCUUGACCCAGGAUGUACAACGGUUCUCUGAGGUGAGGAAUGAUUUAACCAGUGAACUGGAGAAAGCUGACAUUCAAAUCGCUGACACUGAGAGCUUCUCUAAUGAUCCGUGUUUGAGCGUCAGAAAGCUCAGGGAUAAUGAUGUCCGAAUUAUUCUCGGCCAGUUUGAUGAGAGGAUGGCAGCGAAGGUAUUUUGCUGUGCUUAUAAUGAAAAUAUGCAUGGAAUUAAAUACCAAUGGAUUAUUCCCGGCUGGUACCAGCUAAACUGGUGGAAAAUAGCUGCAUCCAUUAACUGUACUGUGAAAAAUCUGCUCACUGCCAUGGAAGGAUAUGUAGCAGUGGAUUUUGAGCCAUUAAGUACAAAAGCCAUCAAGACGAUAUCUGGACAGACACCUCAACAAUAUGAGCAAGACUACAACAAAAUGAGAGGUAGUGCUGAAUAUAGCAAAUUUCACGGAUUUGCGUAUGAUGGAAUUUGGGUAAUUGCCACGACUUUACAACGAGCGAUGGAUAGUUUGAAACGUAUGGGUCAUGCACAAACCAUCCGCGACUUCACUUACAUGAACAAAGACCUUGGUCAGAUCUUUCUGGAUUCCAUGAAUGAAACCAAUUUCUUUGGAGUAACUGGCCAAGUUGUGUUCAGAAAUGGAGAAAGAAUGGGAACUAUCAAAUUCUCACAGUUUCAAGAUAAAGUGGAAGUUAAAGUUGGAGAAUAUAAUGCUAUUGCUGACUCCCUGGAGCUAAUUAAUGACACUAUGAGAUUUCAAGGUGUUGAACCUCCAAAGGAUAGGACCAUUAUCCAGCCACAACUGCGCAAGAUUUCCCUGCCACUCUACAGCAUUCUUUCUGCUUUGACUGUUUUAGGAAUGUUCAUGUCCAGUGCUUUCCUCUUCUUCAACAUCAAAAAUCGAAAUCAGAAGUUGAUAAAGAUGUCCAGCCCUUACAUGAACAACCUUAUUAUCCUUGGGGGAAUGCUCUCUUAUGCAUCCAUCUUCCUUUUUGGCCUUGAUGGAUCGUUUGUGAUGCCCAACACAUUUGAGACUCUAUGCACAGUCCGAACUUGGAUUCUUACGGUUGGCUACACAACUGCAUUUGGAGCUAUGUUUGCAAAAACAUGGAGAGUUCACGCUAUAUUCAAAAACGUAAAGAUGAAGAAAAAGAUCAUCAAGGACCAGAAGCUGCUUAUUAUUGUCGGUGGGAUGCUGCUCAUCGAUCUCUGCAUCCUCAUUUGCUGGCAGGUUGUAGAUCCCCUGAAGAGGACUGUAGAAGACUACCCUUUGGAGCCGGACCCUGCUGGAAGAGAUUUUGCAAUUCGCCCAUUGCUGGAACACUGUGAAAAUACUAACAUGAGUAUCUGGCUGGGCAUUGUGUAUGCAUAUAAAGGGCUGCUUAUGUUGUUUGGAUGUUUUCUUGCGUGGGAAACUCGGAAUGUGAGCAUCCCCGCCCUGAACGACAGCAAGUACAUUGGCAUGAGUGUGUAUAACGUGGGAAUCAUGUGCAUCAUAGGAGCUGCUGUUUCCUUCCUAACUCGAGACCAGCCCAAUGUCCAGUUCUGCAUUGUGGCACUGGUUAUCAUCUUCUGCAGCACCAUCACCCUCUGCCUGGUGUUUGUGCCAAAGCUGAUUACAUUAAGAACAAACCCAGAUGCAGCCACACAAAACAGGCGAUUACAAUUCACCCAGAAUCAGAAGAAAGAAGAUUCAAAAACAUCCACGUCUGUAACAAGUGUAAACCAGGCAAAUACUUCUCGACUUGAGGGAUUUCAGACAGAUAAUCAUCGUCUGCGGAUGAAAAUCACAGAGCUUGACAAAGAGCUUGAGGAGGUUACCAUGCAACUACAAGACACGCCUGAAAAAGCACAGUACGUUAAGCAAAAUCAUAUUCAGGAGCUCAAUAAUAUCCUGAGCAUACGGAACUUCACAGAUGGAAAAGACAGCGAUAAGCCUCCAAUGAAAAACCACCACGAUUCACGAUCACAGGCACCUUGGGGCACCACACUGGACCCUUCCAGACCAAACAAGGAUGGCAUAGAAGAUAUCAACUCUCCAGAACAUAUACAACGCAGACUGUCUUUGCAGCUACCCAUCCUUCAUCACGCCUACUUGCCAUCGAUAGGUGGAGUUGAUGCUAGUUGUGCCAGUCCAUGUGUUAGUCCCAGUGCCAGUCCGCGGCACAGACAUGUGCAGCCAUCAUUUCGAGUCAUGGUUUCCGGCCUGUAGAGAGGCUUUGUAGCCUGAACUGAUGAGUACACAGCAUUUGGAUUGCGUACUCCACCUAGUUCUCUGCUACGUACACGACGCACGCUCUCCUUACCACAGAGGAAUAGGCAUUUGAAACAGACGCUACUGGGUUCCUGAUCAAGUUUGUGUGGUCAUGGAGAGAUGUCCAGAAUCUGACCUGUAGCCUUAUCUGUGAAGUUUUUGUUUCUGCAUAAACUGGAUGUGCGUUUCCUUCCCAGAAAGAGUGACAUGUUUUCUUAAGGAUGCAGGGAGUGAAGUUUUAUCAAAACGGAACUGUUUUUUAAUGCCACAAUCGUGAAGGGAGAAUUAUGAGCUGCUAUGCAAAAUUUGAUAUAUACGAAUGGUUCACACUUCAAACAAAAUCUAACCAUUAAAUUGAAAUUUUAAUUGUUACAUAAAAUAAUUGCCACUACUUCUGCACAUGAAUGCACAAACAUCCUGUACAAGACCCCUUAAUGAAUUUUGAUAUGGAGAAUGAAGCUUUAUAAUAAUUAUGUCUGAUGUAGGAAUGUGUUUCUAGCGUAAAAAAACAUAUAUCUGAUUCCGGAAGACUCAUUCAGAGGGCUUUUGAACAUGGUAAGUCAACAGUGUCGAAAUUAUCUUUUUACUAAUUUAAUAAAGUGAGAUAUAUGAGCUAAAAUAUUAUGUCCCCAAUAGUUAAACAUGAUCCGGUUAUCUCUUGCUUGCUGAUUACUGAUUUCUGGUUUUGGUGCUCAUUUUUUAGUACUACUGACUGAAACCGGUGCAUGAUCACCACAUUGGAAUCUCAAUGGCACCAAUAGAUAUGAAUGCAGUCAUUUUCUGGUUGAACAAAAGUAAAUAGUCAGCAAGUGAUUAGUUUUCUUAUUCUGUGUACUGAAAGCAAGAGAUAAACAGGUUUGAUUGUAUAUAUACUUAUUAUAUCCAUGGACAAAAUUGUACACAUGACUGGUUGAAGCACUGUCACGUGAAUAAAUUGCCUUCAUUAUUUCCCCUUAACUUAUAUCAGCAGCAAAUCUAUUGCAGUAAAUACUGUAACAUGACAAAAGAGAGUUUAUUGUGCAGUUGUCACAAAGUGCACGUUUCAGCAGUACAAAAAAAAAAGAAUCUGCUUUAAAAGUGAACUUGAGGCCAAGGGUAUAAUAAGACAAAAAUGCUGAGCGCAAAUUGAGCUGGAGCAUAACUCUGGACUUUUCUUUAUGGUCAGCUGGCUGUCUGGUGUAUGUGAAAACCUAUCAGCAUGCUUAAAACUUCCCAAUUCAAACCACACAAGUCCACAUAACUAGCUGUGUGCCUGAAACACAGAGCACAUUCUCUCACCAGAGUGGAGGCACUGCAUUUACCUACAGAGUUUAAGCGCAAUGGCCACAGUUUUGUGGCUUCCAAACCUGUGUCGGAGCAGUGCUGGCCUUUGACUGGGUAAGACUACGCAGCUUACCAUCAGAGUAUUGGCGAGCGUCUUGCUGCUCAUCAAAUUUGAACUAUCUACCUGGUUGUAGUAUUAUCCCCAGGAUCAUCCAGCGACAGGUGUGAAGCAUCCUAAUGCCUGUGGCAGCUCUACCCCUCUGAGUUCCAUUAGAGAGCCAAGAGCAAUGAUGAAUCAUUUACAGCAUUUUAUGGUACUAUAGGCAACUGGCUCAGGAGUUGCGCACUGAAUCUGUCCCAAAGGAUUGACACUAAGUUAUACAUUAACUUGGAGUCAAAAUGGAUCCCAUUAAGAUGCUUCCCAGGCCCAGGAGAGUUCCUGGUUGGUCAUUAUGACAGCUGAUGAGUGCGGAUUUGAGUCACUGCUCACAGACCACUUCCAACAGGAUUCAUAUUGACUGGCACAGUGAAGUGUCCAAAUAGGAGAUCUGUGUUUCUCACAGCUACCAUUUGCAGUUAAUAGGUGUGUGUCAUAACUUAGAUUCUGAUCGUGUCCAAAGGCCCCACUGAUGCUUAGAUAUGCACUGUCCCAAGCCAGAUUUGUAUUCUGUCAAGGUUGCACAAUCUCAUGUUCAUCAAUGUCAAAGGAGCAUGCUUAGUGCACUGAUAAACCAGUCCUAAUAAGCUUUUAGUUAACAUUGUGAAGAAAUGCUGUUUUCUGGUAUUCUGAAUGGUAACACUGGCUGUUAAUGUAUUUCCCUGCCUCCUUAAUUCAACUUAUAACCAGGUUUAUUUUUGAAGACAGUUCAUCAUAUGGAAGGAGGACUGAAUACUGUAUAUACUGUAUACACAAGUUCUCUGUAGAAAUAUUAUUCUUAAUCUAGCAGGAAACAAAUUAAAGUAUUGGGCUGUUGGAGGUGAGCGUGUAUAUCUGUGACUGUCUGUGAAUACUGACUGUGUGCAGUUUAUUAGGUUUAAACCAUGCAGUACAUUUUUGUCUUAAUGAUAAAGUAGUUCUUUCCUGUAAGGAAACAUUUUUAUUUCCUGCUAAUAUCAAAGACCCACAAAGUAAUAUAGUUAUUUAAUGUUUCUGUUCUUUUAUACAGCAGCAAAAAGGGUAAAUUUAUGGAAAGGUUGUGCCUCUAAAGGCAUUCUCCAAAUCAUAUUAGUGCACAAAUGCUUUAAGUAAGACUUGAACUGCCAGGACAACCUGUAAAUGGACAGAAGGUUUCUUGUACCCUUAUACUGCAUGAAUCAAUUUUUAAUAAAAUGUUGCAAAUCUGUUUUUAUGAAUAAAACACAAAGUACUGAA